UCAAGGGUCUUCCCUUCCCCUUCUUUGGUGGGAGAGGUUAUAAAAGUAGAGUUCUUACUCUUACGUUUUCUUUUUAGGUGUGAAGUUUUCAACAUGAGUGGCCUUGGGGACAGUUCGUCUGACCCUGCAAACCCAGACUCACACAAGAGAAAAGGCUCGCCAUGUGACACACUGGCAUCCAGCACUGAAAAGAGGCGCAGGGAACAAGAAAAUAAAUAUUUAGAAGAACUAGCUGAAUUACUGUCUGCCAACAUCAGUGACAUCGACAGCUUGAGUGUAAAACCAGACAAAUGCAAGAUUUUGAAGAAAACAGUCGAUCAGAUACAGCUAAUGAAGAGAAUGGAACAAGAGAAAUCAACAACUGAUGAUGAUGUACAGAAAUCAGAUAUCUCAUCAAGUAGUCAAGGAGUGAUAGAAAAGGAAUCCUUAGGACCUCUUCUUUUAGAGGCUUUGGAUGGCUUUUUCUUUGUUGUGAACUGUGAAGGAAGAAUUGUAUUUGUAUCAGAGAAUGUGACCAGCUACUUGGGUUAUAAUCAGGAGGAAUUGAUGAAUACCAGUGUCUACAGCAUACUACAUGUGGGAGAUCAUGCGGAAUUUGUCAAGAAUCUGCUGCCAAAAUCACUAGGUAGAAAGAAACUCAUUUUUUAAAAGAAUGCUGACUCUAUGGCUUCUCCUUUCAU